AUGGUACUUUGCCUAUGGGUCAAAUAUUCGGUCAUCCGUGAUGAAGGGACGCGGCAUCACCCUCUCGAGGCGCAGGCCGUGGUAGUUCCAUCCCACGUACUCUGCUUCGACAUCUUUGGCAUCCCCUACGCUGAACCCGCGUUUGCCAGCAUUACAGCAGCUCCGUCAGAUCUAGCAGCUGGAGACAGAGAUGGCCAUGCUAUUCCCCCAGUGCAAGGUGUCGCAUACCUGCUCACGGCCGAUGAUUAUCGACAGCUUGUCCUCACUGAAGGCGCCGGAGUGGGAUACAACGAGAUCAGCGUACCCGCAAGUCCACUUAGUACGGAACAUGGUCAGAAAGAAGAAAUUCUGGCUUAUACCCUGCAAGCUAAAUACCCCUGGCGGCCCAAUCGAGCCCCGAGUGCGAGAUACAUGGGUCUGAUAAUUGACGGUGCGAAUGAAUUCAAUCUGUCUGAGAGCUACAAGAUCUCUGGUGGGAUCCUGGUGCUUCCUCAGCUUUUGGAGAAGGGUGAUCCGUCUUCUGGCCCGUCUCACCAAGGUCAGCACGAACGAUAA